AUGCGCGACUGCACAAUCUGGGAGACGCGACAGUCUGCUCAGAAUAUAAUUGCGACUUUCUCUAGCACAAAAGGUUUGCGCAAGCUGCAUCUGCACGACACCCCUAUUCGCUCCUUGAUGAGAAUCGCGCCGUCGCAACGACACGAUGCCUGCAGCUUGUCGCAGUCCUACAAUCAGUCGCAAGCCACAGAAUUGACCGAUAUGCACACGUCAGAAUAA